AUGUCUUCUAGAGUCAAAUUACUAGAGGAUUCUAAUCAAGCUAGAAAUUCUUUGUCUGAAUCUGGCCAAGAAAGAGGAAUCUCCACAGCUUCGUUGCCUACUUCAUCAGAGAUAAGCGAAAUACAAGACAUGGGAACGCUUGGUAAGAGUAACAUUUUACCCCCUGUUCCAUCUGCUGCUCAUGCGCGAACUUUAAGGAAGAAUUCAGGUGAUCAACUUGCUAUCGAUAUUGAUUCUGAAUCUGAAAGAUUGGUUAACAAGAAGGAAGCUGAUGAAGAUAAAGGUCAUGUGUUCAAGUCUCUUAAUACAGCGGCGAUAGUUUUUGUUGCUAAUGGUGCAGGUGGUCAUGAUGAGAUGGCUCGCGUUUGGUUCCCACAUGACUUUUACUCUUUCUCCAAAGAAAGCCUCCUCCAUGGUGAUUAA